AAGAAAUAACUGCUAGAGUCGAGUGGGUAGUCGUAGUUCGUGCUCCGUGAAUAUCAAGAGUUUUUCGUUAUUAUUAUGAGUUUUAUAAUUUUUAUUUUUGUGAAAAUCUCCAAAUAAUAACGUUAAUUAUAGCAUAACAAUUGAAUUAUGGCAUCAGAUGAGGAAAUUGAAGACACAUUUGCCGGGGUUGAGGAGUCUGUAGAAGAGGCUGCAGCCGAGCACAUCGAGAAUUCUCCAGAGUCGGAUGAUGCCAUUCUUAAAGGAGUUGAAGAUGACGAUGAUUACGAUCCCAGUGAUGGACGAAAGAAGAAGAAGGGUAAGAAACGUAAGGCACGAAGUGAGGAGAAGAAAGGUAAAAAGAAAAAGAAGAAGAAAAAAAAUGAUAGCGGCGAUGAGAGCGACUUUGGUUUGGACGAUGAUAAUGGGGCCCUAGACUCCGACUACACAUCGAGUAAUAAAAAGGGCCGCAAGAGGGGUUCUACAAAACACAUGACACCGGUAGCUGUCGUACCACAGCAGGAACCAAUAAGCACAUCAGCGGGAAUGCCGACAAUAGAAGAGGUAUGCACCACUUUCGGGCUUACGGACGUUGAAUUAGAAUUCACAGAAUCGGAUUAUCAAAAUUUAACCACGUACAAAUUAUUCCAACAGCACGUUAGGCCAUUGUUAGCUAAAGAAAAUCCAAAGGUUCCAAUGUCAAAAUUAAUGAUGCUGGUUGCCGCGAAGUGGAGAGAAUUUUCUACAGAGAAUCCCAAUUUGCAACAGUCUGAGACUAGCGAACAGCAGCCGGCCACGCCGUCGACUGAAUCUGAGUAUUCCAGUAAGCCGGAGUAUUCCGGUAAACCUGGUAGGCCAAGAAAAGAAACCAGUAAGGCCGAAUCUGAAAUCUUCGAUGAUGACGAUGAAGAUGAUGAAGAAGAAGACAAUAGAAUUAGGAAAAAACGAAGUUCCAGAACGAAAAAAACUAGGAAAUCUACCAAAGUACCUACUCUUAAAAUUAAGUUAGGCAAACGAAAACGUGGCAGUUCGGAGGACGAGAUCGAGGGUAGUGGGAACGGGUCUGAUCGCGAUUCGGAUGUUGAGUUUGAACAGAUGUUACGCGAUGCGGAAGAACAAAGUACGGCAAAAGCGGAAGAAACUGCCGCCGCUGCCGCGCAGGCUGCUGAAGGUGGUGAUGCUGCGAAUCAGCCACGACGUAAAGCGAAGACUAAGAUAGGCAAUAAGACAAAGAAGAAGAAUAAGGUUAAAACUAGUAAAAAAUUAGGCGGAGAAGGUGAAGAGCAGUAUGAGCAUCAAGAUUACUGUGAAGUUUGUCAACAAGGUGGUGAAAUUAUUUUGUGUGAUACUUGUCCACGUGCUUACCACUUGGUAUGUCUCGAUCCUGAAUUGGAAGAUACGCCAGAAGGUCGUUGGAGCUGUCCACAUUGUGAAAACGAAGGCCCCACCGAACAGGACGAUGAUGAGCAUCAAGAGUAUUGUCGUAUAUGUAAGGACGGUGGCGAGCUAUUAUGUUGUGAUUCCUGCCCUGCUGCUUACCACACACACUGUCUUAAUCCACCAUUAACCGAUAUACCAGAUGGCGAUUGGAAAUGUCCUCGAUGUGGUUGUCCACCCAUUCCUGGCCGAGUUUUGCGAAUUUUAACGUGGCGAUGGGCGGAAACUACAGAAGAGAAGCAAGACGCAGCAUCCGGAACAAGUAAACCCAAGAAAGUUCGCCAAAGGGAGUUCUUCAUUAAAUGGGCGGAGCGAUCGUACUGGCAUUGCUCUUGGAUUAGCGAAAUUCAGUUGGAGGUUUAUCAUCCUUUAAUGCUAAGAAAUUAUUCUCGGAAGUUCGAGCUUGAAGAGCCACCCAAAUUUGAUGAGCAGAUGGAUGAAGAGCCCUCGAAUUAUAAACUACAGUGUAGCAAGUUGAGAACUGCUGAACUUGAAGAACGCUUCUUUAAGUACGGUGUUAAACCCGAGUGGUUGCUAGUUCAUCGAGUAAUCAGCCAUCGUCAAUUGCGCGAUGGGCGUACAAUCUACUUGGUUAAAUGGCGAGAUUUACCUUACGAUCAAGCCACUUGGGAAGAAGAAACUGAUGAUAUUAGCGGGUUAAAAACUGCAGUUGAAUAUUAUAUGGAUCUCAGAGCGGCUGCUUUUGGUGACGGAUCAGGCAAAAAGGGAAAGAAAGGCAAAGGCAGGAAAAGCAAACCGAGAGAGCUUGCCGACGAUGACGAUAAAAUAAGAAGAUAUACACCGCCGCCAGAUAAACCGCUGACCGAUUUAAAACGCAAGUACGAGAAACAACCCGAUUUUAUCAGCGAAACUGGAAUGCAGUUGCAUCCGUAUCAGUUGGAAGGCAUAAACUGGCUUCGUUACUCGUGGGGACAAGGUUUAGAUACAAUUUUAGCAGACGAGAUGGGUCUCGGUAAAACAAUUCAGACGAUAACAUUUUUGUAUUCUUUGUACAAGGAGGGGCACUGUAAGGGCCCGUUUUUGCUUAGUGUUCCUCUUUCGACAAUUAUUAAUUGGGAGAGAGAAUUUGAGCUGUGGGCUCCCGAUUUUUAUUGUAUUACAUAUGUCGGUGAUAAAGACUCUAGAGCGAUAAUUAGAGAAAAUGAGUUGACUUUCGAAGAACAAGGUCGCUCUGGUAAAGUGCAGAGAUUGAAAGCGAGUUCAAUAAAGUUCAACGUUUUACUUACUAGUUACGAAUUAAUCUCAAUAGAUUCGGCUUGCUUAGGAUCUAUCGACUGGGCAGUAUUAGUUGUCGAUGAAGCUCACAGAUUAAAGAGUAAUCAAUCGAAGUUUUUUAAAUGCUUUCUAAACAGUUACAGUAUUGCCUACAAGUUAUUACUAACAGGAACACCUUUGCAAAAUAACUUGGAAGAACUCUUCCAUUUACUCAAUUUCUUAAGUAGUCAGAAAUUUAAUGACCUAGCCGCUUUCCAAAACGAAUUCGCCGACAUUUCCAAAGAAGAACAAGUGAAAAGAUUACACGAAUUAUUGGGACCACAUAUGUUGCGACGAUUAAAAGCGGACGUCCUGAAUAUGCCUUCGAAAUCCGAAUUUAUCGUAAGAGUAGAAUUAUCUCCAAUGCAAAAGAAGUUCUACAAGUACAUUCUGACUCGAAAUUACGAAGCAUUGAAUCCCAAAGGUGGCGGCCAAUCGAUAUCUCUACUUAACAUCAUGAUGGAUUUAAAGAAGUGUUGCAAUCAUCCGUAUCUGUUUGCGGUGGCCGCCGAGGAAGCUCCUGUCGGACCUGGUGGGACGUACGAACUUACCAAUUUAAUUAAGGCUUCGGGAAAAUUGAUUUUAAUGGCAAAAAUGUUGAAACUACUUCGUGAGCAAGGCCAUAGGGUGUUGAUAUUUUCUCAAAUGACAAAAAUGUUAGAUGUGUUAGAAGACUUCUUGGAAGGUGAAGGUUACAAAUACGAACGUAUUGACGGCGGUAUCACAGGUACACUAAGACAGGAAGCAAUUGAUCGAUUCAACGCCCCUGGUGCACAACAGUUUGUGUUCUUACUAUCGACAAGGGCUGGAGGUCUGGGUAUCAAUUUGGCAACGGCCGAUACCGUUAUAAUCUACGAUUCCGAUUGGAAUCCUCACAAUGACAUACAGGCUUUUUCGAGAGCCCAUCGUAUCGGUCAAGCCAAUAAAGUAAUGAUCUAUCGGUUUGUCACUCGUAAUAGUGUGGAAGAACGUGUCACGCAAGUGGCCAAAAGAAAAAUGAUGCUUACACAUUUGGUGGUAAGACCCGGUAUGGGAGGCAAAGGUACAAAUUUCACCAAACAAGAGUUGGAUGAUAUUCUUCGAUUUGGUACUGAAGAACUGUUUAAAGAAGAUGAAAGUAAAGGGGAUGAAGCUAUACAUUAUGACGACAAGGCGGUCGCAGAAUUGUUGGACAGAAGCAAGGAGGGUAUCGAGCAAAAAGAAAAUUGGGCCAAUGAGUACCUUAGCUCGUUUAAGGUUGCGAGUUAUGUGACCAAAGAGGGUGACAAUGAAGAAGAAGUCAAUACCGAAGUUAUCAAACAGGAAGCAGAAAACACGGAUCCUGCAUAUUGGAUUAAACUUCUCCGGCAUCAUUACGAGCAACAGCAGGAGGAUAUAUCACGAACAUUAGGAAAGGGAAAACGUGUACGGAAACAAGUGAAUUACAAUGAUGGUGGCAUGACAACUGACACUCGAGAGGACUCUACUUGGCAAGAAAAUUUAUCAGACUACAACUCAGAUUUUUCGGCCGGUUCCGAUGAAGAUCGCGAGGAUGAUGACUUUGAUGAAAAGAAUGAAGAUCUUAAUAGACGCGGCAGAAGACGUCUUGAAAGGAAAGAUGAACGAGAUCGCCCACUACCUCCGCUUUUAGCGCGUGUAGGCGGAAACAUAGAAGUUCUUGGUUUCAACGCGAGACAACGCAAGGCUUUCUUGAACGCGAUAAUGCGCUACGGAAUGCCCCCGCAAGACGCCUUCAAUUCCCAGUGGCUGGUUAGGGAUUUGCGCGGAAAGUCUGAGAAGAUUUUUAAGGCGUACGUUUCCUUAUUCAUGCGUCAUCUUUGUGAGCCAGGAGCGGAUAACGCCGAAACCUUUGCUGACGGCGUUCCUCGGGAGGGGCUCAGUCGACAACAUGUGCUAACAAGGAUAGGCGUCAUGUCUUUGAUUCGUAAGAAGGUGCAGGAAUUCGAGCACAUCAAUGGCGACUACAGUAUGCCCGAGAUUAUUCGUAAGGGAUUAAUGGGCGAUGCUGCUAAAACUUCGAGCAACCUUCUGGCAGGCGAUGCAGAUACGCCUAAAAGUGCAACGACAAGUACAAGUGCAACUCCUGCUACAAGUGCUGCUGCUAGUCCCGCACCUGUCCCUGUUGACUCGUCAGAAAAAGAAAAAGAGAGUGAAGAACCAAAGGAAGCUAAGGAAGAGAGUAAAGAGAAAGAAGAUAACGGAGGUCAAAAAACAGAUAGUGAGUCUACAGAAUCUGAUAAGACUGAAAAAAUGGAAGAUGUCAAGGAGUCUAGUGAUGAGGGAAAAGACAGUAGUGAUGGUAAGAAAAGUGAGGGAGACGAAGAGAGCACUGAACCUGUCAAGAAAGCAGAGGAUCUAUCUAAGGGCGACGAAAAGAGUGAAGAUGUGGAGAAGAAAGAUGACAAACCUAAAGAAGAGAAGAAAGAAGAAGAUGACGACGUUGUCAUUGUUCCAGAUGAUAAAAAGAAAACAGAGCCAGAUACAGAAGAGCCAAGCAAACGUAAGUUCAUGUUCAAUAUUGCCGAUGGAGGUUUUACUGAACUGCACACACUUUGGCUUAAUGAAGAAAAGGCUGCGACACCUGGACGCGAAUACGAAAUUUGGCAUAGGAGGCACGAUUAUUGGUUACUAGCGGGAAUUGUGACUCACGGCUACGGUCGAUGGCAAGACAUUCAGGGCGAUACUCGAUUUGCCAUUAUCAACGAACCUUUCAAAAUGGAUGUUGGAAAGGGCAAUUUUCUCGAAAUUAAGAACAAAUUUUUAGCUAGACGAUUUAAGUUACUUGAGCAAGCGUUAGUUAUCGAAGAACAGCUACGACGCGCGGCGUACUUGAAUCUGACGCAAGAUCCGAACCACCCGGCCAUGUCGCUCAAUGCUCGAUUUGCGGAAGUUGAAUGCCUCGCUGAAUCUCACCAGCAUCUCAGCAAGGAGUCAUUAGCCGGGAAUAAGCCUGCCAAUGCAGUACUGCAUAAGGUCUUAAAUCAAUUGGAAGAACUUCUAUCAGACAUGAAAUCUGACGUGUCACGAUUACCUGCAACUUUAGCCCGCAUACCGCCCGUUGCCCAAAGAUUACAAAUGUCUGAACGUAGUAUUUUAUCUCGACUGGCAGCAACAUCAUCUUCCACAAAUCAGUCAGCAGCCCAAGUUAUGAGCCAAUUUCCUCCAGGUUUCAAUGCAGGAAAUUUGCCUAAUUUUGCAGCUGCUGCGGCAGCGGCAAACUUUGCCAAUUUCAGACCACAGUAUUCCGUUCCGGGACAACCGCCCUCUGGUUUUCCAUCAUAAGGUCUUUUACUGCACAUUAUUGCUGCUCUGAUCUCGGCGUCCUCACACACAGCUGGCUCUCGGUAUCACAGCUACGUAUUACAUUUAAUGAGUACAAGAUUGUCUACUACUUGUUCAUUAGUAUUUUGAGUUUUAAGUUAUUUAAGAGUGGUAAUUAUAAAUAUAAAUUAUUUGAGUACAGGAUGAUGCACAUGGUUGUUAAUGUAUCUUGAUAUAGGUAGUAGGUUUAGGUAAUAGUGUCGAUAGUUUUUUGUUACAGUGUAAGAUCCUCCACUUACGGACGGUGCAGUUUUUUUUAAAUAAUGGUAUGUGAGACAUUCCUACGAUUGCAUAUACUCAAAAUCAUGUUAGGUAUUUAAAUGUAUCUUGUAAUAAAUCAUACUUGAAUAAACAUCUCCCAUUGUAA